AUGUCCCAGUCUCCUGGCUCUGCGGGUGGAUCCCGGCUGCCUGGCACCGGCUUUGCUGAGGGGUCGCUGGGAGGGCUCCCUGCUCACACUGACCCUGCUCUGUGUCUCUUUGAAGGUGCUGACGAGCUGAGGCUGGCGGAUGGAGGCAGCCCCUGUGCCGGGAGAGUGGAGGUUAAACACCAGGACCAGUGGGGGACAGUCUGUGAUUAUAACUGGGACAUGGAAGACGCUGGGGUGGUUUGCAGGCAGCUGGGAUGUGGAGCUGCCAUCAGCGCCCCUGGCAGAGCUCAGUUUGGACCAGGAUCCGGACCAAUUUGGCUGGGUGAUGUUACCUGUGAUGGUACCGAGUCUGCUCUCUGGGACUGCUGGAACCCGACAUGGGGUGUGAAUUACUGUUAUCAUGAAGAGGAUGCUGGAGCGACGUGUUCAGGGCACAUUAAGCCCCGGCUGGUUGCAGGGCACAGUGACUGCUCAGGACGUGUGGAGAUAAGAGAUGGAGAAUUAUGGGCCACGGUCUGCGAUGCGCACUUUGAUCUCAAAGUUGCCAGCGUCAUCUGUACCGAACUGCAGUGUGGAACGGUUCUGUCUGUCCGAGGGGGAGCUCACUUUGGAGAAGGACGUGGACAAGUCUGGGCUGAAGCAUUCCAGUGUGAAGGAACUGAGUCCCACCACGCGUACUGUCCCAGGGUGUCACACGGCAGCCAGACAUGCUCACACAAAAAUGAUGUCGGAGUCAUAUGCUCACGGUUCCGGCUGGUGAACGGCAGCACAGCCUGCUCCGGGAGGGUGGAGAUCCAGGAGCUUGGCCCAGGUCUCUCUGGGGCACUGCGGCUGCUGAGUGGAGAGAGCCGGUGCGACGGCAGAGUGGAGAUUUCCCUCCAUGAUGUGUGGCACAGGGUGCUGGAUGACCAGUGGGACAUGAACGAUGCCAGCGUGGUCUGCAGGCAGCUCCAGUGCGGAGCAGCUGAGAGAGCUUAUAACCCCCCUUCGUCUGAGCGAGGGAUGGGCCCCGUGGGGCUGAAAUGGGUCCAGUGUGCAGGGAACGAGACUCGUCUGACCAGCUGUGACAACUCCCAGUCUGAGCCGGCCCAGGCAGGAAUUGCCGAGGACGUCGGUGUCGUUUGCUCGGGGAGCAGGCGGAUCAGGCUGGCGAAUGGGCCGGGUCGCUGUGCCGGGAGAGUGGAGAUUUAUUACAAUGGCACCUGGGGGACAGUCUGUGACGAUUCCUGGGACCUGCCGGACGCCGAUGUCGUUUGCAAACAGCUGGGAUGUGGACGCGCCCUCAAUGCAACUGUCUCUGCUCAUUACGGGCAAGGGUCCGGGCAGAUCUGGCUGGACGAUGUGAAGUGCUCUGGGAACGAAUCCGAUCUCUGGGCCUGUCCUUUCGCACCCUGGGGCCAGCACAACUGCAGACACAAGGAGGACGCGGGAGUUCUCUGCUCAGAGUUCACAGUCCUGCGGCUGGUGAGUGGCAGUGACUGUGCCGGGCGGCUGGAGGUUUUCUACAAUGGGACGUGGGGCAGCGUUUGCUCCAAUCAAAUGUCUACAGUUACUGCAUCAAUCAUCUGCAAGCAGCUGAACUGUGGGGACGGAGGGUAUACAGAGACAGACCCUGAGUAUGGAGAAGGUUCUGGUCCCACAUGGCUGGACCAUGUUACAUGCCGUGAGCAGCACAGCUCCCUUUGGCAGUGCCCCUCCCGCCCGUGGGAACAGCAGUCGUGUGAUAACCGUGCGGAAGAGACUCACAUCACUUGCCCUGACCGGGACAAGCUGCGCCUCGUGGGAGGAGAGGGCAAUUGCUCGGGCCGAGUGGAGGUUUGGUACCGUGGCUCCUGGGGCACAGUCUGUGAUGACUCCUGGGACCUGGCGGAUGCUAACGUGGCGUGUAAACAACUGGGCUGUGGAGCAGCCGUGUCUGCCCCGGGCGAGGCUGCAUUCGGCGAGGGGACUGGUCCCAUCUGGGUGGAGACGCUGGAUUGCAGAGGGACAGAGUCAUCCCUCUGGGACUGUCGGGCCAAGCCCUGGGGUGACAGCAACUGUGGCCAUAAGGAAGAUGCUGCCGUGAGUUGCUCAGCCCUAACCUCCCCAUCCCCACUGAGGCUGGCGGAUGGAGGCAGCCCCUGUGCCGGGAGAGUGGAGGUUAAACACCAGGACCAGUGGGGGACGGUCUGUGACGAUGGCUGGGGCAUGGAAGAUGCUGGGGUGGUUUGCAGGCAGCUGGGAUGUGGAGCUGCCAUCAGCGCCCCUGGCAGAGCUCAGUUUGGACCAGGAUCUGGACAAAUUUGGAUAGAUAAUGUUGCCUGUGAUGGUACCGAGUCUGCUCUCUGGGACUGCGGGAACCGGGGAUGGGGCAAGCAUCACUGUGAUCAUGAAGAGGAUGCUGGAGUGACGUGUUCAAGUAAGAACCAGCCCCCUCAGUCCUGA